AUUUUGCGCUUUUUUCAGCUUGGUUUGGGUAAAUUUUGUUCAAUUGUUCUGUUUAUAUAUUUUAGUGAAUUAGUUAUAUCAAUCAAUUAAUCAUUAAAUCCAAAAUGGUUUUUACGCCAAAUCAAUUUUACGCUGGAACGGAUUAUAGUGAUGUGUUGGAUAAAAACAAAAAGAUUGUCAAACAAACGACACCGGCCAGACAGGUGAAAAAAUUUGAUUGGAAUUCCGACCGUUUCGUAAAAAGUUUGGCCAAACAACAUAGCCGUGUUACAGAUUCCGAUUAUAAUGGAUACAAACGAAAAAGUUUAAGCGCGUAUAAGGAAUUUCUUCCAUUCAAAAAAUUGGACCUGAAGAACAGCUGCCAAAGGGAUAUUCGCCACUAUGUUUCCAAUUUUCGUAAUGCUCAUGAUAGGGUCGAUCGUGAACAUGAACAGCCAUCAGAAACAAACGCUAAAGAAAAAUUUGAAAAAAAUCCGAUUGAGGAUGAUCUACUUUUAGAGUCAAUUUCUGCCAUCACACCUAACAAGAAAAAAAAGGUUAUCGAUGAAAAUUGUAAUCUACAAUCGUGUGAAUUCGAAAAAAUUCCCGACAUGUUGGAAACUUCUGCCUAUAGCAAUAAUAAUAAACAACUGGAUUCUUCUGAAAAUGAUAGUGAUAUAAUGAAUAUUAUUGACAAUGUCAAUCUCACAUCUGUUGCUUACGACGGCGAUAAUGGCCAUAAAGCCGCUUUGUUCGGCGAUGAUGACGAAAACAGAUUAGCUAGAUUUGAUCCGGAUCUUAUUCAAGAAAAGAAUGUACCACUCGGUUUAAAUAACCUUGGCAAUACUUGCUACAUGAAUGCAAUUGUUCAAACAUUAUUUUCAUUCGAUUUUUUCAUGAAAGAUGUUAUCGAGAUCUAUACAAAGUUGAAUGAAUUUCUACGUGAUGAAAUCGAAAAUCGGUUGCCUAUAACAUAUAAUUUUAUCGAACUUUAUCACAGAUAUCGAAAUCGAGCACAUCAAUCAAUUAUCGAAAAAGGCUUAAAUUCGUUCCGAAAUUCUUUCUGUGCUUGUGUUGAAAAUUUCAAAUCCAAUGAGCAACAAGAUGCAUCUGAGUUUUUCACAUUAAUUCUUGACAAUAUUAAACAGGAAAUUGAUCAAAAUCUAAGCAAAUUUUUGUCAUCAUCUUAUUGUAAUCCGGUUGAUCGAUGUUUUGAGUAUGAAAUUCUUGCUGAAGCCAAAUGUCCUAAAUGUCUAAAGCCGUGCACCAAAUCACACGAUCCCAAUUAUAAGUCAAACACCUUUCAUUUACCAUUAAAUUCAAAUGUUCAGGCUUCGAUUUUGGGAUAUUUCAACAAUGAAAUUGGACGAUCCAAAUGUCCGGACUGUGAUGAAAAUUUUGUAAUUAAUAAACGAUUCGUUAAACUACCAAAGAUUCUAUUCAUCCAGAUGCUAAGAUAUUCGGAGGAUGGCUCAAAAGAUAAUACAGCAGUUCCUAUUGCCCACACAAUCUAUUUACCCAAGAAAUUUAUUUGUAUGCAUAAUUGUUUAAUGUCACCGUUAUCGACUCCAUAUAAAACAAGUUUAAACCAAUCAUAUAAUACAAUUUUGAAAGAAAAAAAUUCAUCAGUAGCCCGUAGACUGGAAUUCGAUGAGGAAAAAAAUUCUGUAUCAGCAUUGACUAGGCAUUCAAACAACAGUAAUGCUAACGUAAGAAUGGAUCCGAAUUCAGAUAAAUCAACCGGUCAACAACACUGUUCAGAUGAAAAUAAUGCUAAGAUGGUCAUUUCGCCGACAAAUCCAUGCCAACCAGCUAAUAACGAAACCGAUACAAGUAAUCAAAUAGUAUUCGAUCAAUCCAUCGAUUGUGAAAGAUAUCAACUAGUCUCCGUAAUCUGUCAUCGAGGUCCAUCAAUAACGUGUGGCCAUUACACAUGUUAUGUAUAUAAUUUCGAACAUCAACGAUGGUAUCAUUGUGAUGAUGGUAGCAUUGCCCAAGUUCCUUUCAGACAACUUGAAAAGAAUUCUUUAACCACUGGAUACUGUUAUUUCUAUGCCCGUACCGAUCACAAUCAUCAUUUAUAAUAUGACAUUUAUGAUUUUCAAUACAUGUCAAAUAUAUUGACAAUUUGAUUUAAUGAUUGAAUGAAUUUUGAAUUCCUUUCUGUCUACCUACAAUAGAUGAUAGAUAAAUGAUUUGAUUCUUAUAAUCAUAACAGUAAAAAAAUGGAUUUGACCAUAAAAUCAAACACAUUUGGCUGUGCCUGUUGAAUCAGGUCAUUUAAAAUUUAAAUAUCUCUAUUUUUGAAUUAUAAUUUAAUUUAUGGAAUACAGAUUAAAAUCAAAUUUACAAAACGUAAUAAAAUUUUUAUUCGAUUUAAAAUCAUAAUCAAUAAAUUGUUUUUUUUUCAUUAGGUACAUAGUCGGAUUUCAUUAGAAUAGAUAAGGAAAAAUUCGUUUGUCAACGAUGGUAUGUUUUGAA